AUGACUACAGGGAAACGGCAAGGUUCUACCAAGAACGAAGACAUAGACAGAGACCGAGACCGAGACCGAGACCGAGACAAAGACAAAGACAAAGACAAAGAUGUCGUACACCACCAGCGGAAGAGUCAAAGACUAGAGAAGAGCUGUCGCGAACCAACGUCCGCAAAACACACACAGAGAACCUCCCAAGCCAACUCGCAAAAGCCUUCGGCUGCAGGAGAGACGAUUCACAGCCACACAACGAACAGCAAAGGUAAAGAAACGAGAGAGGAGUCUAUCACAACUGCAGAGAAGAGGAGUCACGCAAGACCAACACCAACACCGUCCAGAGGAGGACAAAGGCCUGUUCACGGCAUCACCGCCACAACCAGAAGUGCACAAAAGCAGUUAGUUACAUCAAUGACCUCAAUCAACAGUGUUGCUAAUCUUUCCUGUACAGCUAAACGGCAAACUUGCGAGAUUCAUGAAGACGAAUCGAAUCACCCGGCGAAACCAAGACGUGGACUGGCACAAUACACCGAGGCGAGAACCAGACCUCUCAACAAGGAGGAGUUCAUUGAAAGCUGGCUGGAAGAGUCAUUCUGGUCUCGCAGAACGUUGACACAGGCCGAAUCCCGACUUGGCCAGGCAGUCGUCAAUAUGCCACGCAAGCCUGCUCCCGCCUUUCCGCCCACUAGGGAUGUUUCUGAAGGCAGAAUAUCUAGCUCCAGCAGGUCCGAGAAAUCGGUGGCAAGCGUGCAUGAUGCGGAUUAUUAG